UUUUGGAGGCUGGAGUUUGGCUGGUUAGAUUUGGCAAAUCUUAGCAAAUUUAUUGAGGCUUUAUUUUCCCCACCUUCGAGCAUAUUAAACAUAUACUUAACUCAAAUGUUUGCUUCUAUAUUUAUGAUAUGCUGGAUAAUAAGUGAUCUUGAAUAUAAUCAUCAUUUUGAUAUCUCCAUUCUAAUUUAGCAUGAUUUUGAGAGGUUUAUACAAGCUAAUUUUGGAUUUUAAAAUUGUAUUCGAAGAAAACUCACUCUUUAUAAUCUUUAAUUUGAGCUAUCGUUCAACCGCCUAAACCUUAAGGUGCCUUAGUCAGACAAUACCUUGAAAAAUUAUGACUUAAAAUAGAAAAUUGAUCCCACUCGAGAAGCUCACGAAUUUUCAGAGUAAAAGCCACAGGGCAAAGCGUAGAGUGUAUAAACUUAGGAAUUUAAGCCAAGAGCCAAAGACUGGCAUUACUCCUCAUAAAGAAUUGUUCAAACCAAUAGAGAUACAGCGGCUCUCCUCCCAGUCUCCGACUGGGGAGGAAGAGAUCUGCCUGGAUGAUUUUGAAAUAAUUGAGGAGAUUGGCAGCGGAACAUACGGUACUGUCUAUAAGGCAAAGUUUAUCUCAGUGACUAAAUUUCUAGAGAGAUCUAGCAAUAGUUUCUAUGCUAUUAAGAAGAUCUCACUUGAACACAAGCCGAAGGAAAUGGUUCGAGAGUUUGUCCUGCUGAAGAACAUUCACCAUGACAAUAUCAUUAAAUGAUAUACCUCAUUCGUUGAAAAUGAGUUCUUGUAUAUUGUGAUGGAAUAUGCAGAAGGUGGUGACCUUCUGUCACUUAUUCAUAAACAGAAAGAAUCCAGGAAAUUCUUUUCAGAAAAGGUUUUGUGGCAAUAUGCAUGGGAGCUGUGCCUAGGCCUGCUUCAUAUCCAUUCCAAUGAUAUCAUCCAUCGUGAUAUUAAGACUUUGAAUGUAAUGAUUAAAAAUGGAGUUCUGAAAAUUGGUGAUCUUGGAGAGUCGAGGACUCUCAACAAAACUGAUUAUUUGUCAGGAAAAAUGGUUGGCACUCCGAUGUUCUUAGCUCCAGAGGUGAUCAAGAACCAAAACUAUGACCACAGAGUUGACAUAUAUGCUUUUGGAUGAGUAAUGUAUCAUCUUGCAGCUCUUGAACCUCCAUUUUAUAGUGAAGAUUUUGAAACUCUACUCAAGAAUAUCAAAUAUAAGUCUCCAAAACCUUUAUUGGGAUGUUACUCUCCAAAGCUGAAAGGGUUCAUCAUGAAGUUGCUCGCAAAGAAGGUAUCGAACAGGCCAUUUGUAGCUGAAUUGUUCUCCUUAUUCCCUACAUCUUUCAGAUUCAUGAAUCUAGUUGACCUGUCGAACUUUAAGAAAUGAGGAAAGAUAGAUGAUAUUUCAAUUAAGAAGUCUAUUAUUGAUAAGGGACUCCAAGAGAUUGGAAAUGAGUUCAUAGCUUUAAAGAACAGACAGAUGAUGAAGAAGAUCAAUUUUAAGAAUAAUAUCAACCGGAGAAACCAGCAGAUCACUUUAAAUCUAGCGAAUGUGUUCCACCAGCGCCAGGUUGGAAGGAGAGAUGGCAAUCCUAUGGUGAAGGAUAAUCUAAUAUCAAAGCCUAAAGUUGUGGUUGAUGGCGACCAUUCUUUUUCAAAUGACUCGGAUUCGAUCAUCAGAGCAGUUUUAGAAGAUAAUCAAGGAAAUUCAUGCCCUUUUAAAAAGAGAAAUAAAUCUACUAAGACUAUCAAUGCAGCGAAGAGAAGGAGUUCACUCAAGAUAUGCAUUCAGGAAGAUUCUAAAGGCAUUGAGUUUAAAGGACAGACUUAUUUCUCAAACCAUGCUUCUCAACUAUCUGCUGAGAAGAGGCCACCUUCUUCAGAAUUUCCUGAUCUUAAGAGGACAGAUAGGCCAAAGAAGGAAAGCUGAAAUAGUGCAUUGGAGGUUCAUCAUAAAGAUGGAAGAAUUAACUUGGAAAUUCCAAUAUCGAGCAAUUAUCAGACUAUUAGAAAAAAUGUUGGUCAUCAUGGAGCAUCUCAGGAUCGUUCAAGGAUGUUACCGAAGUUAAAAUAAUAUUGACCACCAGUGGAAUACCGCUAAUACUAAGACAACCUCUAAUGAAGCCUCAGAACAGGGAAGAUACACCAACUUCAAAAGUUUAAAUAAUUUUGCUUUAAAGCCAAAUAAGGGUCAUAGAAAGUCAGUAGAAGCUCCUGUGUCAGAAUAUACUUCUCAAGAUAUUUAUUACUCAAAAUCUGGUGAUCGUAAUCGGGUUAGCCUCCAUACUCAUGCCAACCGGUUCAAUCCUAAUUGUAAGAUGAUCAGUCCACAGAAAAAGAAAAAUUCGAAGAAAUUUAACAUUCAUAUGAUCUAGUCUCAAUAUUUUUUAAAAACCCUCCAAUGGAUACCUCAUGGACAUGGUAGAUAGUAAUUUAGGCAAUAUUUGAGAUUUAGAUGUAGGUUGCACUAUAGUUUUAAUUCAAUAA